AUGUCUGCUCCGUAUUGGGGCGCGCUGCCUCAGCCAAAAGGCGUCCGCAGCCGGCGAGUUUCAGCAGAUUACACAAAUGAAUUCGCGCAAAGUGAUCAGAGGGGCUCAUUGGACGUCGAGCGGACGCGCAAAGCCAAUCGCGCCUCCGUCCACACAACUUACACCGAGGCUCCCACCGACACGACAUUCAGUCCCAACUCGCCGACAUCAGCAGCUGACUAUCAAGGCCUGGCCCCCAGACCAGCCUCAUAUCGUGGGUUCCCUCAAGAGCAAGCAUUUGAAAGAUAUGACAGGCAAGAUCGACGAUCAAACCGAAUCCCCGACGAGUUCGAAAGCAUGUCCCCAGCUCCGCCAUCUGUCACAGAUACCAUAGUUCGCGGCCCGCCAACAAACUACCGCGACCCUUACGCAGAUGAUUCAUACAACUACUCCUCCCAGUCGACAUCUACACAGCCUGCGCGUCAACCUGCAGCCCAGCCUGAAAACAUGAGCUACGGCGGACGUGCCGCACCCCCACGAGGUAGUCAAUGUGGUGCACCGCAACCUUUUGUCGAUGGUGGGCUCGCUCGAACAGAUAGCAUUGCAUCCGCCCAACUUCAGCGAACCCCAACCAUUGGGCAGAAUGAGCGGCGGAAAAAGUUGGCAGACAACCGAUCACCCCUCCAGAGGCUUGAGCUGACGCUCGACAGCAUGACCAAGGAGGAAAAGAGAGCGCGAGUCGAAGCAGCAGAACAGCGGGCCAGAGCGAGGGCUGCCAAGAGAGCUGCCGCCGAAGCUGCUGACAACCAAUCUCCGCUUUCAACUCCCACCCAACGACAAAACCACCGCCCUACGGCAGUCGAGUCGCCCACUGCCGCAACAUUAUCAAGAUCAGCCACAACGCGAGACGUCACCUCAACCAAAGCCACAUCUACGCAAUCGGUGCAACCCGGACAACGACCAAGGCAGCUUCCUCAACCUCCCGUCCGCGAAGACCAGCGGCCGAGGCAGCUACCUCAACCACCUGUGCGUGAAGACCAGCAACCUAGGCAGUUGCCUCAACCGCCCAUACGUGAUGAGCAACGCAGAUUCCAUCCUCAGGAAGCCUCUCGCCCUGAUGAUCAGCGCCGGCAUUCUAGCCAAGCUGCUCUUCAGUAUUCUCAGGGUGGCCCUGAUCAGUCGUCGCCUGCCACAGGAGGAGAUAUACCCAAGCGCAAUCUCAGCUUCCGCGAGCGCGAUGCCUGGCGUGAGACGAAACCGCUCGACGCAGAUAGGAACCAGCCUCCGAAAGGAUCCAGCGGCUUUUCGCUCACACGCAGUGGAAGCAACAAGUUGAAAAAGGAGCCCCCUGCAGACGUCUGGCGUCGCAUACGCGUCGAAGCAGAACGUCGGUUGCCGCCGGACUCACAGCCUGCCCAGGCUCAGUUUGAUGAUCCGGGGUCUCCGCAAGGAUCCCCGCAAGGAUACCCAGUAGGAGCACAGCAACAGGCACACGAUAAGGAGCUGCCUCCGUUGCCCCUGGCUGUGAAUGAUCAGACCAAUGUCCGGCCAGAUGCAAAAAAGACCUCUACAUCUGCUGACGAUGCUGAAAUCCAGGCUAUGCAGCGGCGAGCCACUGAACCCGUCUAUGCCCGAGAGGAGCGAGGGCUGAAUGCUGAAUAUGCCCCCGCGGCUGCCAUUGGCAGGAUCAUUUACGAGGCGAAUCAGACGAACCAUGGUCUAAUACCGGAGACACAGGAACCACAACAGCCACAACAGCCACGUCAAUCAUUUGAGCCGCCGGAGCUGCAGCCAUCACAAGAGCGCCUCGAACCACGAUUUGUACCCCAGAACCCGGAGGGACCACGUUCUGGCGAUGGUUUGAAUAACCCGCCCCAGUGGCUAAAUGAAUGGAGAAAGGGUACCGUCGGCACCUUAUCUGGGACCCUUCUUGACCUUGUUGGUAACCAGCCUGCUGGAUCGACGGAGAAGAACAACGCUCGCCUGGACCGGGAGCAGGGAGGCCAUCAUCGGAGAAUUAGCAGCAUGAAUUCAAGGCCACGUAAAGCCGAAGCAUUUGAUGGAGAGUACGAUGAUACCAGCGUGCCCACUCGAUUCAAACCCCCGUUGUACUUGAAAUGCGGCCCGCUUCUGAGAUACUGUGGUCUGCGUCACGAACAAGCCCCAGCUAGGCCUCGAGGGCCAGCGGCUGUGCAAGAUCGUGAAAUUUGGAGAGGAAGCGUCAUGAUUGUCACCAGCGAUGCUGAAUCAUCCUAUGACAUUGCGCCGACGCUUCGACUAUUCGUGCAGGAUAUCGAGCUGUUGCCUCCGCCUCCCCACCAGGUGAACGGUGAGCUUUCUCCCGAAUAUGUGGACCCAAUCGCCGGACAUCCCAAGCUGGGCCGCAGUGGCGAGACCCUGUAUGUUCGACCCGUGGACCAUCUCGAAGAAGGUAGAGAUCUAUCGCACGAUGAGUCUGAAGAAGGCCUGUUUGAAAAAACAAGAAGCCCACCAGACGAACCACUGGCGCAGGGACUCCAAGACUAUCCGGGAUCGUUUGCUAGUCGGCGAGCGCGAGCAAGCAUUGAUGGGGAGAAGAUGCAAAAGUACAAGGAAGUAAGAGGCUUCCGUCUUCAUGCUGAACAAGGAUGCACGUUUUGGCGUUUCAACAUCGAGGUUGAGCUUCGCGAGCAGCAACAACGGAUCGCAUAUCGCAUUAACCGUGGUCCAGCUAUGGCUUUCUGGGUUCCCGGGCGUGGACAAGCGAUGAACAUGAUGUUCUACUCGUGCAAUGGUUUCAGUAUCAGCGUCAAUCCUAAUGAGAUGAGCGGUCCUGAUCCCAUGUGGCGCGACGUGCUGAACUCGCACCAGACACAGCCAUUCCAUGCCAUGAUUGGCGGCGGUGAUCAGAUUUACAACGACUGUGUGGCCUACGAUAGCCCACUUUUUGACCAAUGGCUUCAGAUCACUGUCCCUGAAAAGAAGCUCAACGCUCCUUUUACAUAUGAGUUGCAGACUGAAUUAGAGCACUUUUACCUGGAACGAUACUGCUCCUGGUUCUCGCAGGGCUUGUUCGGGCUGGCCACUUCACAAAUUCCCAUGGUCAAUAUGUACGAUGAUCAUGAUGUUUUCGAUGGAUAUGGCUCUUACUCUCAUCAUGAUAUGAGCUCACCAGUCUUUUCAGGCUUGGGGUGGGUGGCCUUUAAAUACUACAUGCUCUUCCAGCAUCAAAGUAUUGUGACCGAAACGGAGAAUUCUGAGCCAAGCUGGAUCUUGGGGGAGUCGCCGGGUCCAUACAUCCAAGAAGUCAGCCGUAGUCUCUACAUGUCUAUGGGUGGGAAAGUCGCUCUGCUCGCUGUGGAUACUCGCACAGAGAGAACUGAAGACGUCGUGUUGAGCGAGAAGACGUGGGACAAGAUUACAAGCAGGAUGUAUGCCGAGAUCAGGAAGGGACAGGUAGAGCAUCUGCUCGUCCUUGUUGGAGUUCCAAUUGCCUAUCCCCGUCUUGUGUGGCUGGAAAACAUCUUGACCUCAAAACUGAUGAGCCCAGUCAAAGCAAUCGGCAAAACAGGCGUGUUCGGCAAAACGUUGAACAAUAUCAAUGACAAUUAUGAGAUUUUGGAUGAUCUCAACGAUCAUUGGACCGCCAAGAACCACAAACGGGAGCGCACCGUCAUAAUUGAAGAUUUGCAAGACUUGGCUAUCGACCGGUCUGUGCGAAUCACAAUCUUGAGCGGCGACGUCCACCUCGGCGCCGUUGGCCAGUUCUAUUCCAACCCCAAGCUCGGCUUGGCCAAACACAACGAUCCCAGGUACAUGCCAAACAUUAUAUCUUCCGGCAUUGUCAAUCGCCCACCUGCAGACAUCGUCGCGGAUCUGCUCAAUAAGCGCAACAAGGUCCACCACUUUGACAAGCAGACAGACGAAGCCAUGAUCCCCAUCUUCCAGAAUGGCGUUGAUGGCAAGCCCAGGAACAACAAUAACCUCCUUCCUCAUCGCAACUGGUGCUCUAUUCGCUUGUGGACACCGGGUAGCACGCCACCUCCAUCGCCUCCCAUGUCCGACCGCGGACGGAGUCGAAGCCCAGGAGGCGGGAGUUUGCUUCGCAGGCUUUCGUCUAGACGGCGUAGGUCUACCUCGCAGCAGCCUUUUGAUGUCUCACGUGAAUCCGUGAGAGGUCCUCGGCCCCCAAUUUCAGGAGGGGGCAAUCUUUUCAAGAACUUUGGCCGGCGGAACUCGGUCGACCAGCAACGCCCUGUAGGAGGGGGAGUAACCCGAACAAUGUCCCUUGGACGCGGAGAGUCGGCACAACAGAGCACUGAUGCGGCGUACUACGGACAGCAGCACGGUAGCCAGAGCCGAUUCGAUGAAGCCAACAUGAGUGGCCAAUGGAGCGGCGAGUUUGACGGCGGAUACGCAGAUCACCGGGCUCAGGGGCAGCCUCGUCCCUCAGGUCUCCGUGGCGGCGGUGGCAGCGAUUAUGAUGAGUUCUCAGCUGGCGACGAGGCUUACUUUACAUCACAAGCGCCUCAACGGGCGCAGACUGUAAAUUAUCAUGCCGGCGGCCCCUCUGGCCACGAAGUCGAAGACCCAGCAGCAGUCCGGCCAUUCCACCGAACACCUACGGGACUAUCACCCAAAGACAUGAAGCAGACCGACAGGCUCGAAGUGAAUCUAGAAGGAGCAUUAGACAUUGCUUUGAACAUGGAAGUAAACUGCAAGGACCCUACCGGCAUUACAGUGCCGUAUCGAAUCUUGGUCCCCAAGUUAUUCUACGAAUACUCAUCCAAAGACGAUCUGUUCCAGACCGCAGAACCAACGGGGAUCAAAAAGUUCCUCAGCUUUAGGAAGAAGCCCAAGGGCCCCGCUGCAGAGCAAGAGCUGGAGCCAGAACCGACUGAUGAGAUGGGGUAUGACGACGAAGUUGACGAC